ACUCUGGCCAGCGCUGCCCUGGCUUCUUGUCUCAGUCUUUCCAGCAGGAAAUUUGACCAGGAUCAACCAUGACAACUUACAGUGACAAAGGACCUAAGCCCGAGAGAGGCCGGUUCCUCCAUUUCCACUCCGUGACCUUCUGGGUUGGCAACGCCAAGCAGGCUGCCUCCUUCUACUGCAACAAGAUGGGGUUUGAACCGUUGGCCUAUAAGGGCCUGGAGACAGGCUCCCGGGAGGUGGUCAGCCAUGUUAUCAAGCAAGGCAAGAUCGUGUUUGUCCUCUCCUCUGCACUUAAUCCCUGGAACAAAGAGAUGGGUGAUCACUUGGUAAAACAUGGUGAUGGGGUGAAGGACAUAGCCUUCGAGGUGGAAGACUGUGAGCACAUUGUGCAGAAAGCACGGGAACGGGGUGCCAAGAUUGUGCGGGAGCCUUGGGUAGAGCAAGACCGAUUUGGGAAGGUGAAGUUUGCUGUGCUGCAGACGUACGGGGACACCACACACACCCUGGUAGAGAAGAUCAACUACACUGGCCGGUUCUUACCUGGAUUUGAGGCCCCAAUGCUCAAGGACCCACUCCUUUCAAAACUGCCCAACUGCAGCCUCGAGAUCAUCGAUCACAUUGUGGGCAACCAGCCUGACCAGGAGAUGGAGUCUGCCUCUGAAUGGUACCUAAAAAACCUGCAGUUCCACCGUUUCUGGUCUGUGGAUGACACCCAAGUACACACGGAAUAUAGCUCUCUACGCUCCAUUGUGGUCGCCAACUACGAGGAGUCCAUCAAGAUGCCCAUCAAUGAGCCAGCACCAGGCAAGAAGAAGUCCCAGAUCCAGGAAUAUGUGGACUAUAAUGGGGGUGCUGGCGUCCAGCACAUCGCUCUCAAGACCCAAGACAUCAUCACAACGAUCCGCCACCUACGAGAGCGAGGCAUGGAGUUCUUGGCAGUUCCAUCUACCUACUACAAGCUGCUUCGGGAGAAUCUCAAGUCAGCCAAGAUCCGGGUGAAGGAGAGCAUCGAUGUGCUGGAGGAGCUGAAAAUCCUGGUGGAUUACGACGAGAACGGCUACCUUCUGCAGAUCUUCACCAAGCCCAUGCAGGACCGGCCCACGCUCUUCCUGGAAGUCAUCCAGCGCCACAACCACCAGGGCUUCGGAGCCGGCAACUUCAACUCGCUCUUCAAGGCUUUCGAGGAGGAGCAGGCUCUGCGCGGCAACCUCACGGACAUGGAGACCAACGGAGUGGUUUCCGGCAUGUAGACCACGCCACCCCGAGCCGCGCCCCGCCCCCGCCCCGGGACCGUGAGCGCUCGUCCUUUGAGCCCCGCCCACCGACUCAGGGACCACCCCUGCCAUGGGCUCUCCCCCGCCCCCCCCGUGAGCACGCCUCUGCUCGGUGCCGCCCGCUCCCGUGCAGCGACCCAGGUCCCCGACCGCGCCUGCGCUUUGCGGCCGCGGAGGAGCAGUGGCGGCACAUCGUCACCAGGGGGCGACCAAGGCCGCGGGCGUCUGCGCGUCCGAGUGCUGUGCCAACUGUGCCACGCGAGCAGGUGCCGGGUACCUGAGCCUGCCUAAGAGGGGCGCGCUGGUCUGGGGAGUUUCCGGAGCCGAGGGGCCAGGGGCCUGUACUGUUAGAGGGAAAAAGGUAAUAUCCUUUCAUAGAAUGGUAAAUGCCACUGAGACAAUAAAGCAGGGGAUGACAUUGAGUGGCCAAGAA